CUAGGUAAACAACAUGGCUGCGGGAUCCAGCGGUGCGGGCAGCGAGCUACAAAAAGAGUUGAUGUGUGCCAUCUGCCUUGACUACUUCCACGACCCCGUCAUUCUCAAAUGCGGACACAAUUUCUGCAAGUUCUGCAUCCUGAUGCAUUGGGAGGAGAACGGAGGAGAGGACGUCGGUUAUCAAUGCCCCGAGUGCCGAAUGAUAUUUAACAAGAUCAGCUUCACCAAGAACUACCUGGUUAAGAACCUUGUAGAUAAGCUGAGUGAUUUUGCGUGUCUGAAGCCCUGUGAGCAGCCGGCUCCAUCCAAGCGUGUCCAACUAGACGGGAAAUGCGACCGGCAUGGAGAGGAGCUGAAGCUCUACUGCCACACCGACAACAAACCCAUCUGUGUGGUGUGUAGGGAGUCCCGGGCACACAGACACCAUGACGUGGCUCCUGUACCAGAGGUCCUUGAGGAUAUGAAGAGCGAGCUGCGACUGAGGCUGGUGGAAUUAACAUGGCAGAAGACUGUGUGUACCAGAGUGAAGGCUAUGGACGAGCAGACCAAGAAUGAAGCCAAGUUAAAGAAGCUGAAGCUGAAGGAGAAGAUUGAGGAGGAUGUGGGGUCUCUAGUCCAGUUCCUGUUGGAUGAGAAGGACGACCUACUGGAGGCUCUGGAUGCUGAGGAGGGGACUGUCAUAGGGACGAUAGAUGACAACCUGAGGUGGGUGGAGACCGAGGUGGUAGCUGUGGACAAGCACAUGGCCCAGAUACACAACCACAUCAGAGGAAACACCAGCUUCGAGGUGACUUUGUCAAACAUUCCCCUCGCACCCUGUGUAGUGAGCCCUCUCAUAUCAUCUGUUAACUGUACGGGUGACUGGAUGAAUGAGUUCUCUGGACCCCAUCAGCUGAUCUUGUGGAAAAGAAUGAUGCACGUGUUGCACACCAUGCCCCAGAACCUGACCCUGGACCCAGACACGGCUCACCCUAACCUGGCCAUCACGGACUUCGACACCAAGGUAGAGGAGGUGCGUACCCGUAGCCAGGACCCAGACCUGCCUCAGCGCUUCACCCGCUUCUGUGGUAUUCUGGCCACUGCACAAUACUCCAGCGGACAACACUACUGGGAGGUGGAUGUGAAGGACAAGGGCGUAUGGUACCUGGGGGUGACAGGAGAGUACAGUCCCAGGAAGGGGUUCGUCAACCUGUGUCCAUCCUCCGGCUACUGGAGCCUUAGUCUGCAGGACAGGCUAUAUGCUAACGAGGAGGACGCCAAGAUACCUCUGGCCGACUACUGGAACUCUCCGCGGGUGGGCGUGUACCUGGACUACGACGCAGGCCGCGUGUCUUUCUACGACGCAGUCACCAUGAAGAAGUUGUACAUGUUUGAGGCGUACUUCGAGGAGCCGGUAUCUCCUUUCUUCAGCCCAGGGAAGAACGACCCUGGGAGCAGACUGCAGAUCUGUCAUUACUACUGA